AUGACCCCACAACCUUCGAAAAUCAUCGUCAACUGCAAGUCCCAGGAGGAGCUCGACGGCAUCCUCUCCCAAUUCAAUCGCGCCAUUGUGCUGUACUACAGCUACGCCAUGCCUUGGGGCAAGAUUGCAGAACACAAGAUGCACGUUUGUGCCAGGGCACUGGAGAAGGGCAACAUCACGACUAUCCCUUUUGUCCUGGUCAAUUACGCAGAGUUCUAUGAGUUUGGAGGAAAGAUCGAGGUACUCCCGACGACCACCAUCCGUUACACAGCUUAUGUUAAUGGCGAGCCACGGGAAUCCACAGGAAACAGCGCAGAACUUGAGGGAUUGGUAACAGCAUUACUCUGA